AAAUUUCAAGUGAUAAAAUCUAAAUAUGCCAAAGUUGAAGGACCGUUGGCCUAAAUUUGCUCCUCUGUAAAACAAAGCCCGGAAUUCUCAUCACCACUGUUGACUGUUGUUUGUUGGGUUUUGAUAUCAGAAGCUUACCGUUCAUCGGAGCAUACCUUAAUUUCUUGACGAAGGGAAUCCGAUCCGACCCACAACCGGAAGCUUCUAUUAGGAGGAAUUCUCGAGGAGGAAAAACCCAAAAAACAAGAAAAAGAAAGAGGAAGAAAGAUGGGUUGGAUGAGCCGGUUUUUGACGGCAGUGGCUUUCUUGGCUGUCGGAGUGUUGUUCUCACCCGAAACAUUCGGGUCCAAACCCGAUUCCCAGCCGCACUCCGCCCUAGUUCCCUUCCUUAAGCUUGCCCACUUGCUCUGCUUCGCCACCGCUUUUGGCUCCGGCCUCUGGGUCACCUUCAUCGGCGGCAUUAUAAUGUUCAAGAAUUUGCCUAGGCAUCAAUUUGGGAAUUUGCAGGGAAAGAUGUUCCCGGCAUACUUCUGGUUGGUUGGUGUUUGUUGCGCUGUCUGCGUGGCUGCCUUUGGAUACUUGCAUCCUUGGAAGACUGCUUCUUCUACUCAGAAGUACCAGCUCGGAUUUCUUAUUGCAGCUUUUGCUUUUAACCUUAGCAAUCUUGUUGUCUUCAUGCCUAUGACCAUCGAGAUGAUGAAACAAAGGCACAAGAUUGAGAGAGAAGCAAACAUUGGUGAAGAAGUAGGCUGGACGAAGAAUCAGGAAGUUGCAAAGGUAAAUCCAAAGCUUGCAGCCAUGAACAAGAAAUUUGGGAUGAUCCACGGUCUGUCUUCACUUGCAAAUAUCAUGUCCUUUGGAAGUCUUGCCAUUCACUCAUGGUACUUAUCUGGUAAGAUCAGCUUUUAGGUACAAAAUGUAAUAAAAGCCUGCAUUGUCUUCCGAAACGAAGGCGUAUAAAUGUAACUAAUAUCAGAUUGUCACAUUUCACUAUGAGAUACAUUAAGAAUAAGGAAGUUCCAAUUUCAUUUGUUAUUUGUUCAGACGUACCUAUAUCAGCAAGUUUCAAAUAUAUGUAUCACUAUUGCCUAUCAGUUUGUGGUUACCCCUUCAAUGAACAUCUGCAUAGUGUAUAUCAAUGGAUCCAUUUCGGUACCGUUUACCCUUCUUUUCUGAG